GAUUGCGAUUAUAUCGAUUAUGUGUAUCGAUGUAAUCAGAGCCCAUGAUGGAUUUGUUUCAUGUAUGAAUGAUAUUAUCCCAUUCGUGAAUACAUCAAGUUAUGUGUUCACGCGUGACAUGCCAAUGUAUUCAUCCCUAGUGUCGUCUCCACACAACCCAAGAUGCUCGAAUUCGACUGCUUCUAAAAGGCCAGUCGGAAUUGUUACACCAAAUAACAUAUUCGAGAUACAAGCGUCUGUUAUAUGUAGUCGAGAGCAUGGAUUGCAAGUCAGGGUUCGAAGUGGGGGGCAUGACUAUGAAGGGUUGUCAUACCUUUGCAAAACACCAUUCGUGAUUAUCGAUAUGAGAAACCUUCGGUCGAUUAGCAUAGAUAUUAAGCAAGAAUCCGCAUGGGUCGAAUCAGGGGCGACACUAGGGGAGCUUUACUAUAGUAUAGCACAAGAAAGUCAAACUCAUGGGUUCCCUGCAGGGGUAUGCCCGAGUGUUGGUGUUGGCGGGCACUUUAGUGGGGGCGGCUUUGGUGCUAUGGUUAGGAAAUACGGCCUAGCGGCAGAUAACGUCAUCGAUGCUUACUUAGUUGAUGCCAAAGGACGUUUUCUCGAUAGGGAAUCGAUGGGUGAAGAUCUUUUUUGGGCCAUUAGAGGAGGUGGAGGGGCGAGUUUUGGUGUUAUAGUCGCGUGGAAAAUCAAGCUCAUUAGAGUUCCACCAAAAGUCACGGUGUUCAACGUCUACAAGAAUAUGGAUCAACACACCAUCGAUAUCAUCCGUCAUUGGCAACACAAAGCGCCCAAGAUGAAAAACGAGCUCUUCAUCAGAGUACUCAUUCAAUACGUUCAUAACGAUACCAAUCCAAAUAUUUCGGUUCAAGCACUUUUCAACUCGCUUUUCUUAGGGGAACUCAAAGACCUAAUUCCGCUAAUGAAUGAAACUUUUCCUCAAUUAGGUCUAAAAGAAAAGGACUGUCUCGAAAUGAGUUGGAUCGAGUCGGUUCUCUUCUUAGCAGGCGGCUUAAACAAAACCGCGGAAUUGUUACAAAGUAACAAAACCGACCCUUACGUGAGCUACUUCAAGGCAAAAUCCGACUUUGUGACAAAACCUAUACCACAACAUGUGUUUGUACGGAUCCGAGAAAAGUUUCAUCAACAGAAACUCAUUUUCAUGAUAAUGGAUCCAUAUGGCGGGCGGAUGAGCGAGAUAUCAGAAUCGCACAUUCCAUUCCCCCACCGAAAAGGAAACUUGUACAACAUACAAUACUUGGUCAAAUGGGAUGUCAACGGUGUUCGAGCAUCAAACAAGCAUAUACAUUGGCUCAGGAAGUUGUACAAGUACAUGAGACCUUAUGUCUCAAAACACCCAAGAAGCGCAUAUGUUAAUUAUAGAGAUUUGGAUAUCGGAACAAACCCGCAAGCGAACACGAGUUACUUGGAAGCCAAGGUGUGGGGUGAGAAAUACUUCAAGGGAAACUUCAAGAGGUUGACAAAAGUUAAGAGCAAAGUAGAUCCAGAUAACUUUUUCAGAAGUGAACAAAGUAUCCCACUUCAUCAAGAUUAAUAUGUUUAUGCACAUUAGAGGGGUAUUAGCGUAAUUUGCAUGUGCAUCAUGAGUAAAAGUUGUCAAUUCAAUGAAUCGAGGAUCACUAUUAAGUACUAA